AAGUCACGACAUUAGACCAUAGUUGGUGUUACGGUUAAGAGGGCCAACAACGAAAUGAGAGUUCUGCAUUUGUUUUGCCUUUUGGCAAUUGUUUUUGGCUGUCAGGCUGCCGAUUUGAAAUGGUGGCAGACAGCCUCGUUCUAUCAAAUUUAUCCCCGGUCCUUUAAGGACAGCGAUGGAGAUGGUGUGGGAGAUCUCAAGGGUAUUACCGAACAGCUACCCUACCUAAAGGAGAUCGGCAUCACUGCCACCUGGCUUUCGCCCAUCUUCACCUCGCCCAUGGCAGAUUUUGGUUACGAUGUGGCCAAUCUAACCGAAAUUGAUCCCAUUUUCGGUACCAUGGAAGACUUUGAGGCCUUGAUCGAAAAGGCCAAGGCUUUGGGUGUGAAAAUUAUUUUGGAUUUUGUACCCAAUCACACGAGUGAUGAAUGUGAAUGGUUUAUCAAGUCCGCAGCCAGAGAUCCCGAGUAUAAGGAUUUCUAUGUCUGGCAUCCGGGUAAAAUUGUUAAUGGUGUUCGCCAGCCUCCGACCAACUGGAUUAGUGUUUUCCGUGGCAGCAUGUGGACAUGGAAUGAGCAGCGUCAGGAAUACUAUCUGCAUCAAUUCCAUGCCAAGCAACCGGAUUUGAAUUAUCGCAAUCCCAAGGUUAUGGAAAUGAUGAAGGACGUCUUCCGUUUCUGGUUACGUCGUGGCGUCUCCGGUUUCCGUGUCGAUGCUGUGCCCCACACCUUCGAAAUCAGUCCCGAUGCCGAUGGCAACUACCCCGAUGAGCCCCGUAAUCCCAAUGUCAAUGAUCCCGAGGAUUAUGAAUACUUCCAACACAUCUAUACCACCAAUCAGCCGGAAACCAUUGACAUGGUCUACCAAUUGCGUCAAGUCUUGGAGGAGAUGGAUCAGGAAUUGGGUGGUGAUGAUCGCAUCAUUAUGACCGAAGCCUAUGCUCCCUUAGAUGUGAUUAUGCAGUAUUAUGGCAAUGGCACCCACGAUGGGGCUCAGAUACCCUUCAAUUUCCAAUUGAUUAGCAAUUUGAACAAGAAUUCCAAUGCCUAUCACUAUAAUGAGCUCAUCAAUAUCUGGUUGAAGGCAAUGCCCGAGGGCAAGACAGCCAAUUGGGUGCUUGGUAACCAUGACCAAAGCAGAUUCGGCUCCCGUUUGGGUGAAGACCGCAUUGACAUCAUCAACACCCUAUUGCUUACCCUUCCCGGCUGCAGUAUCACCUACAAUGGUGAGGAAAUUGGCAUGACCGAUGUCUGGAUCUCAUGGGAGGAAACCGUUGAUCCCCAGGCCUGUCAAUCGAAUCCGGAAAAUUAUGAACGCCUCACCCGCGAUCCCGUACGCACCCCCUUCCAUUGGAAUGACAACAAUUUUGCCGGUUUCACUGAUGGCAACUCCACCUGGCUGCCAGUGGCCGAUAACUACAAAUCGGUCAAUGUUAAGAGGGAACGAGGUAUCACCUAUAGCCAUUUGAAUGUCUACAAGCAGUUGCAAAAUCUACGUCGAGAACCCACCUUCCAAGGGGGUGCAAGUGAGGUCAAGGCCUUGAGUGAGAAUACCUUGGCCAUCAAGCGUUCCCUGGCCGGUUACCCCACCUAUGUGGUCCUCCUGAACAUCAAUGACAGCGUUGAGUCCCUGAACUUGAACAGUGCUUUCUAUGGCCUUAGCAGCUCUUUGGAAUAUGUGGUGGUCACCGAUCGCAGUCCUAGACGCAAGGGAGAUUUGGCCCACACCGAUUCCAUAACCCUGAUGCCCAAGGAAGCCGUUGUUCUAAAGACUGUUUAAAAUCGUUCUUUUGUAAAAUAUGAAAAUUUGUAAAUAAAAUAAUAAUUUGAAUUUUAA